AUGGCCAUCAAAUAUCUCAUCCUGCUCUCACGGCAGGGCAAAGUCCGCCUAGCCAAGUGGUUCACCACACUUGCGCCCAAGGACAAGGCCAAGAUCGUGAAAGAUGUCUCGCAGCUCGUGCUUGCUCGCCGCACCCGCAUGUGCAACUUUCUCGAAUACAAAGACACGAAGGUUGUUUACCGCCGAUAUGCCUCCCUCUUCUUCAUCGCUGGCUGCGAUUCCGCCGACAACGAGCUGCUCGCCCUCGAGAUAGUCCACCGCUAUGUUGAGCAGAUGGACAAGUACUACGGCAAUGUCUGCGAGCUAGACAUCAUCUUCAACUUUCAAAAGGCCUACUUCAUCCUCGACGAGCUCCUCAUUGCUGGCGAGCUGCAGGAGAGCAGUAAGAAGAAUGUGCUGAGGUGCAUCGGGCAGCAGGACAGUUUAGAGGACAUGGAGGCCGAGGACGACAUCGUGACCAAGAUCAUGUAG